AUGGUCGACCUUAUCGCUCAAGACCGCCUCCAGAGGGAGCGCGACAGCUUCAUCGAGACGAUUGACGAGUCUUCGAUUCAGCGACUCGCGAGCUCGUACCACGACGGCGAUGAGUGUGACUUCUUUCAGCCGCCCAAGUGCGGGCGCUUUGUCAUGUCCUACUUUGUGCGCUUCCCCAACGGCGACUUUUUGAUCGCUCAGACGACAAUCCCGAUCCCGAGGGUCAUAGCACCGAAUAUCGACGAGGAGGAGGACGCUGAUAUCCCCCCCUUUGUCAUCCUCGAGUACGUCGAGGGCACGCCGCUCUCGGACGUGAGAAUCCAGGGCCUUUCGGUUGAGCAGAAGGCUACUUUCUAUCAAGACCUUGCCAACAUCUACCUGCAGCUGCGCGGCCUCACGUUUUCAGAGAUUGGAGCUCUCGCCUUGAGUGAUGAAGACGAAGUCGACGUCCUCCAAGGUCCCGUCUCCCCAGAGUUCAACCUGCAGCAGCUGGCAGGCCUGCAACCCGCGCUCGUACGCGAGGUCCGCGGCCCUCGAGGCCCUGUACGCACAGCCACGGAAUACGUGUCUAUACUGCUGGCCAUGUCAUGGAAUGUUUUCUACAGCAGCCCUGCCGUGACCCAAGACAAGGUCGACGCCGAGCAGACCCUGUACUACCUGUUCCAGUUCGACCGCUUUGUGCGCAAGAAGUGGUUCGACGAGAGUCUGGACCACGAGCCCUUUGUGCUCUCCCACGGUGACCUUGUUGACCGGAACAUCAUUGUCGACGAUGAUAUGCACAUCGUUGCCGUUCUGGGCUGGGAAUGGAGUCGUGUCGUGCCUCUGCAGCUUUUCAAUCCUCCCCUGUGGCUCGUCAGCAACUCCCCUGAGCUCCUCGCUUCGCGUCAGUUUUAUCAAUACCACGUCGAAGAGCUUGACAAGUUCAUGACCAUCCUGCGACAGCGAGAGCAAGCUCACUUUGGCGGCAUCCACCUCGCCGACGAAUGGCAAGACAUCCACCGGAACGGCGGGCUCCUCGUUGCAGAGGCCCUAGAGAAGAUGGACCUUGAGAUCAUCUUUUACUUUGGGUAUCGGUUCUGCGAUGAUUCGCAGGUGCCGACUACUUUCUUGCGGCAGUUCAUGGAGGAUAGCCCGGCGAGGGUUGAUAUCGUGGCUAGCAAGGUGCGCGAGGGGGAGAUGUAUGACUUGGAGUGUCAGCAUCGGAGGCUGGGGGAGUAUUCGGCGUGA